AAUGUGCUAGCGUUCUACUCAAUGCUAGCGCGCUUCUAUACUCUCAAUCGUGUGUUUCCACUUAUCCGGGCUAUCUCCUCACUUGAAAGAAGAAUGGCUGCGACUCACGACCCCGUCCACACUCCGUCAGUGCGAUUUGGCGUCGCAGCGACACCCAAAGAAAAGUUUCAGCUCAUCACUAGAAAUUUACAAGAAGUACUUGGGGAGGAUAAGCUAAAGGUGCUGUUGGAGGAGGGGAAAGAUAUUAGGAUCUACUGGGGAACAGCCACUACUGGAAGGCCACAUGUGGCUUACUUUGUUCCUAUGAGCAAACUAGCGGACUUUUUGAGAGCUGGAUGUGAGGUUAUCAUUUUGUUUGCUGAUCUUCAUGGUUAUUUGGACAACAUGAAAGCUCCGUGGGAGUUACUAGAACAGCGAGUGAAAUAUUAUGAAGCAGUCAUUAAGGGCAUGCUGGAAAGUAUCGGCGUUCCUCUCGACAAACUAAAGUUUGUGAAGGGAACCGAUUAUCAGCUAAGUCGUGAGUACACGCUGGACGUGUACAGAAUGGCUUCAGUUGUGACAGAGCAUGAUGCCAAGAAGGCUGGGGCUGAAGUUGUGAAGCAAGUGCAGCAUCCACUUCUUAGUGGGCUGCUGUAUCCAUGUCUACAGGCAUUGGAUGAAGAAUACUUGAAAGUUGACGCCCAAUUUGGAGGCAUUGAUCAGAGGAAGAUAUUCACUUUUGCAGAAAAGUAUCUUCCCAAUCUUGACUACAAGAAACGAAUCCAUUUGAUGAAUCCGAUGGUUCCCGGAUUGACGGGCAACAAAAUGAGUGCCUCGGAUCCGGACUCUAAGAUUGACAUGUUGGACAGUGCAGAUGUGGUGAAGUCAAAACUCAAGAAAUCAUUCUGUGAGGCCGGGAAUGUUGCAGAGAAUGGGGUUCUUGCAUUCGCUCAGUAUGUGUUGUUUCCCUUACUAGAAGACAAGUUUGUGAUUAAGAGAGACCAAAAGCAUGGUGGAGAGUUGGCUUUCGCCGAUUAUGAUGGAUUGAAAGAAGCAUUUGCGAGAGAAGACAUUCAUCCACUUGACUUGAAACACGCAGUCACUGGCUAUCUUAACGAAUUGAUGGAACCAGUUAGACAGAAAUUUACAAGCCCGGGAUUGCAGAAGAUCAAACAGUUGGCUUAUCCUGUGGAAGAAAAGGCAGCAGCAGCAUCGGACUCUAAAUCUGCAACGGGGAGUAAGGAGACCAGACCUGUUGAUAUCUCAAGACUCGAUCUGAGAGUUGGUGUGAUCGACGUCGCCGAGAAGCAUCAAGAUGCCGAUUCUUUGUAUGUCGAAACGAUCAAUGUGGGAGAGGCAAAGCCUCGAACAGUCGUUAGCGGUCUUGCCAAGUUUAUUCCUCUUCACGAGUUGCAGGGACGGAAAGUUGUCAUGUUGUGUAACUUGAAACCACAGUCAAUGAGAGGAAUCAAGUCGGAGGCGAUGCUGCUUGCUGCAUCAAAUGCUGAUCAUUCUGUGGUGGAAGUACUGACUGUUCCAGAUGAGUGUGCACCAGGAGAUCCGGUUUUCGUAGCUGGUUACGAACGAAGUACAUGUGGAGAACCCGAUGAGAUACUAAAUCCUAAGAAAAAAAUUUUCGAAAAAAUCCAGGUUGAUCUCACAACGUCUGCUGAUUGUGUGGCAACCUACAAGGAAGAGCCGCUGAUGACAUCGCACGGUGCAGUACGAAGUGUUAGUCUUAAACAAGCGAACAUUAGAUGAUUUGUUACAAUCCUGUUUGAUCGUGUUUACUUGUUUAUGAGUGGAAUAAUGGAGAUAUUUGGUCUAUGUUUUUUGACACAAAA